CGAAUCAAAAAACGCAUCUAGUGAGAAACAAAAUGGCGGUGUGCGCACAGUGUGUAAUUAAGAAUCGACCGAUAACGAGCGGUUUUUAAGUGUUUUUUUCAUUUCAAAACGGCGAAAAUGGGCGAAAUAACGUCGUAAGUAAACGAUUAAAAGACUCGGAUUGUAUUCCGAGAGAAAAUAAUCGAGUUUGCAAGAAAAUUUGGGCCCCACCGAAAUCAUCCUUUGAGACUUUUCGUGGAGAGUAUGUUUUGUUGAAUACACAAAAGACCACCCCCGCGGUAAAUAGAUCAUAACAAUAUUGAUUGAGUGAGGAAAAAAGAUAAGGAAUAAAGAAUGAAUGCCACGGAGAAGUUUUACGAUUUUAAUUGCGAGGAGAAUUCGACGAAAUGGAAAGGGGUUUUAGUACCUCCUUUAAGAAAGGUUUUGGACCAAGUUCAUCCAUCAUUAAGUGUUAAUGAUGAUGCUUUGAAUUACAUUGAGGGGUUAUGUUUGAGACUUUUAGCGAUGUUGUGUGCUAAAUCACCUCAUACGGUCCAGGAUGUUGAAAAUAAAGUUCAGAAUACAUUUCCUAAUCCAAUUAAUCAGUGGGCUCUUAAGGAUGCUCAGGAAGCUUUGGAAAAGGGCAAGAAAAAGUCUGUGUUACCUGUAGAUAAAAUACAUAAUUUGUUGCAGAAGGAAUUGUUACAAUAUAAGAUAGAUUCGAGUGUAUCGUUAUUUUUGGUGGCUGUUUUGGAGUAUAUCUCGGCCGAUAUUUUAAAAUUGGCUGGAAAUUACGUGACGAAUAUAAAACAUACGGAAAUAACCUAUCAAGAUGUGCAGAUAUCGAUGAACGCUGAUAAGACCAAAUCAGUGGCUUUAAUGGACUUGUUUUAUCAAGAUGAGGGUGGAAAAUUAAACAUUUGCGAGCAACCCAGCGUCUCAACCCAUGUUUCAAGGACCACGAAAACUUAUGAGGAGGUUGUUCGCGAAUUAAUGACAGCCGAAAGACAGUAUUUACGUGAUUUACACAUGAUAAUCAAAGUAUUUCGCGAAGAGAUAAUAAAAUUAAAAGCAGAAAAAGAAGAAAUCGAAAUAAUAUUCUCAAACAUCCUCGACAUCUACGAACUAACCGUCACUUUAUUGGGAAGUUUAGAAGACGUGAUAGAAAUGGCGCAAGAUCAAAUGCCCUUUAUCGGGAGUUGUUUCGAAGAAUUAGUCGAAGCCAAAGAAUUCGACGUUUACAUCCAAUACGCGGCCGAUGUCACAUCAUCAAAGUGCCGGGAAACUUUAAACGGUCUCCUAGGAAAGCCCCAAAUCCAAAAUUUAUUGUUAUCCGCCGGACAAGGAAUGAGAUUAUCGCUAAAAUAUUAUCUCCCCGCUUUAUUACAAAGCCCAAUUUUUCAUUGUUUCGCUUAUUUGGAUUACGUCCGGCAACUUUGCGAGCUUUCAAAGCUCCCCGACGACAAAGAAACGCUAAUUGAAGUCGAGGGGCAAUUAAAUCCGUUAAUAUCCGAGUUGGGGAGAUACGCCUCCGCAAAAACGGUCGUGAGACAACCUCAAAAUCAAAUUUUACGAUCGCGGAGGGAACAGGCGAUUUCAAAAAUACACGAAUUGGAGAAAAUGGUUGAAAAUUGGGACUCGAAAGACUUAGGGCAAUGUUGUAACGAGUUCGUUCGAGAGGAUAUGUUGAUGAAGGUUUCUUCAGGAAAGCGUUUAACCGAACGAAGAGUCUUUUUAUUCGACGGUUUAUUAAUAUUAUGCAAACCAAAUCCGCGAAGACAAAGCUCCGUUCAUGGAAAUCACCACCACGAUUGUCGAUUAAAAGAGCGCUUUUUUAUCCGUAUGGUUGAAAUCGUCGAUUUACCCGACACCGAAGAUUUAAAGAAUGUUUUCGAAAUUUGCCCGCGGGGGCAACCCCCUAUCGUUUUAUCGUGCAAAAACGGCGACGAUAAAAACAGUUGGUUAGCGGAUUUGGUGAUGUUAAAUAAUCGCUCGAUGUUGGAACGAAUUUUAGAUAGCAUUUUAUCCGACAUCGAACGAAAACAUCCUUUAAAAUUGCCGUCUCCGGAAAUUUAUAAAUUCGCCGAACCCGAUUCGAAAGACAACAUAGUUUUGGAACAACGCGAAAACGGGGGUGGUGUCCCUUUAAUAAAAGGGGCCACUAUUUACAAAUUAGUCGAACGAUUAACUUACCACAUCUACGCCGAUCCGAAAUUUGUAAAAACUUUUUUAACAACUUAUCGGAGUUUUUGCGCCCCCACGGAACUCCUAAAAUUAUUAAUCGAGCGUUUUCACAUUCCCGAUCCUAGCCUAGUUUACGAACAAGAAUCAACUGGAAAUGAUAACUCGGAUAAGAUGCAAAAAAAUUCGCAACGGGAGGAUUGGAAGCGUUAUCGAAAAGAAUACGUCCAACCGGUUCAAUUCCGCGUUUUAAACGUGUUAAGACAUUGGGUGGAUCAUCAUUUUUACGACUUCGAGAGGGACCCGGCUUUAUUGGCGGAAUUAGAGAAGUUUUUGGACUCUGUGAAUGGGAAGAGUAUGCGAAAAUGGGUCGAUAGCGUGGUUAAGAUCGUCCAAAGGAAAUUAGAACCGGACGCGCAACGAUUAAUCAAGUUUAAUUUCGAUGAUCAAGCCCCAAACAUCGAGUGGCACUUGACGCAGAAUGAGGAGGAUUUUGGAAUUUUAACUUUACACCCGUUAGAAAUUGCCCGGCAGUUAACAAUACUCGAUUUUGAUUUGUACAGGACGAUUAAGCCCUCGGAAUUGGUGGGGUGUGUUUGGACCAAGAAAGAUAAGGAAAAAACUAGCCCCAAUUUAUUAAGGAUGAUUAAACAUACUAAUAAUUUAACUCUUUGGUACGAAAAGAAUAUCGUUGAGGCCGAGAAUUUCGAAGAACGAGUAGCAAUCGUAAACCGGAUAAUCGAAAUAAUGACUUAUUUAGAUGAAUUAAACAAUUUUAACGCAGUCCUUGCGAUCGUAUCAGCAAUGGGAUCAGCUUCCGUUCACCGCUUAAAAUUUACCUACCAAAGUAUAUCCCAAACGAAUCGAAAGGCCCUCGAAGAAUGCCGAGCCGCCGAUAAUCACUUCAAAAAGUACCAAGAAAAACUGCGAUCAAUAAACCCCCCUUGCGUCCCAUUUUUAGGAAUGUACCUAACAAAUAUUUUUUUAUUAGAAGAAGGUAACCAAGAUUUCAUUCAAGACACUCAAUUAAUUAACUUUUUUAAACGAAGAAAAGUCGCCGAAAUCACCGGCGAGAUCCAACAGUAUCAAAACCAACCGUACGCUUACAAAGUCGAGCCGAAAAUUCGAAAAUUCUUGGAGAAUUUAAGCCCGUUCGGGGAAAUGUCUGAUAACGAGAUUAGUAAUUAUUUAUUUAAUAAGUCGAUUGAAAUCGAGCCGAGGGGCUCGAAGCAAGUGCCGAAAUUCCCCCGGAAAUGGCCCCAUUUAUCACUAAAAAGUCCCGGAACGAAAGCGUCUAAUCGAAGAAUUAAAGAACUUGCGAAUAUAACCGCUACAACUACGGCGAUUGUGAACUCAACGGUUCAAAAAAUUGAGGAAAAAAUUGUCGAUGGUGGCGAAGAGAAGAAAUCGGCGGAUAAAACGGAUAAUAGCGAUAUUAGUGUAUUUGCGCCUGUUCAAAUACCAACGGCGGGGUGUCAAAGUAGUCCCACUUUGAGUCCUAAUUCACCAGCGGCGACUUCGUUUCCCCCUUUUACACAUAGUAGACAUCCAAGUAUUUGUUCUGUUACAUCACAAUUUACUCACAGGACGUCGAUAUCAUCUAACAGUCAACCGCUACCCCCAAAAAAUAGUACUGGAAGUCCUGGCCCGCAUAGCCCCGCUUCACCAGGUCCGCAUUUCCCAUUAAGCGCCAUCUCUGGAGAGCCGAUUAGCCCACAUAUUCCAUCAACUCCCCCUCCCGUACCACCACGUCGACGACGAGAUAGCCCCGAAAUUAGUUCUCCACAACAAUUGAAGCAAGCACCGGAUGCCCCAACGUUACCACCGAGGGAUAUUUCACCCCCACCGUUACCGCCCCGAAUCGGAAGUGGAACUUUACCCCGAUUAACCCCCACUCAUUUAUCGCAAUUACAUAUUCGGAGGCAUUCGACGAUGCAUCAUCCGAACGCGCCAAGACAAAUUAAUGGGGGGACACCAAUCGCACAAGCGAAAAGUGUUUCACCCCGUUUCGUAAAUGAAACAUCCCCAGGACACGGAACGCCGAAAUUGCCGCCUAAACCAGCGAUAAAAUCAGCUGGGUUAGCUUCUGGUACUGUUUUUCAAUAUCCUUCGACGACCACCUCCACCGCCACACAAAGCUGUUUCCGGUACGAUUUUAAGGACUAGCGGUCGCUGUACGAGCCGUUUUGUUGCUUCUUCGAUUUUUUAUUGCAAGGUUGCCAACAGCAGCAGCAAAAAAAAUAAAUUAAUGAAAAAUUUAUUUAUCAUCU